AUAUUGCCUUGGAUUUUACUGUUUAAAGAAUUAACAAUAUUGAAAAAUAGUGUUGUUUUAAAAUUUUGUCUAAAUUGAAGAAUAAAUAAUCCAAUAUAUAUUGAUAAAAGUUUUUAUGGAGCACUGUCAUGGCACCUAAAGCGCAAUUCACUCUGGAGGAAUUGACCAAAAUUGCUUUAGGCGCCCCAGAAUUGACCAGCACGAGUGUCCAUGUACUUCAUAGUCUCAUUAACACGAUUCUCAAAAAACUCGAUUGCCAGAAUGAUAUUGUUUCGAUUUCUGGCGUAGAAUCCGAUUGCUUGGCUGGGCUGUUACACAAAUCCAAAUCGGCACCCAUUACCAUGGACGAUAAACAAAUAUCAAUCAUUGGACCGAAAUUGUAUGCUAUAACAGAGAUGGAAAGAUCAAUCGACGAAGUGAAAUCCAAGCUCGAUAACCAUAUACAAACUGCUCGAAAGUUUGGGCACUUGUCACAAAUGAAAUAUGACCUAAAAGACUGGGAGAACUUUAAAGCUAACGCUGACAGUACGUGCAUUCCAUGUGUUGAAGAGAACACCUUUGCGUGCUUUAUGAUUGGGAAUAUUGAUUUUCUGAAAAAGCUUCAGCGACGUAUAGCUGAACCUAUGGUAUUGAAUCUGUUUGAAUUUGAGCAAGAGAUCAAACAUCUCAGUGAAGAUAUGAACGAGUUGAUCGCCAAUGCUUCAGCCAAUUUGGAGAAACUAGCUUUGAUUGAAGGUGCCCUUCGUGCAGUUGAGGACCUUAAAGACCAGAUUGAACAGCAUAAUUUGAGAUUUUUGGGCACCAUGGAGGAAGUGCAAGAUAUCUUGGACUUCAAGUUAGAUAAAUUGCAGAUUCCGGCACUUAAGCGAUACAUUACCAUCAACCUACACCGCGUUGAAGCACGCAUAGCGCUCAUACAAAAUAAGGUCGACUGUCCCAAGCCACCAGGCAUCAUCAGUAGCGGUCUGCGUUGUUUAUCCUGUGGCGAUCGUCAGGUUUGUGCUGAGAAAGGCGUCCAUAGGAUGAGUCUGCUACCGGAUGCACACGCCGUCAUGACAGCGCGUUUGCCGAAAGUGUGCAAAUGUACGAAAAAAUCCAUAAACCUGGCUGAAAACAGACGGCAAAGCGUCUUGAAUCCAAAUGUGAUUCCUGAGCAGAUUAAGAAAAUGAAAGCAGCUUCAGAAGUGCCUACUGCAAGUGUUUAUAUAGACGACUGUAAAGCGAUUUGUAUUGAAAACUUCAGUUUAUUCGAAGGCACCGAUGGGAAUUUGUAUCGCAAAGGUUAAGAACUCUCACAGUUCUUAACCUUUAUGCACAAUACACGCCAUAUAUUCGUAUGUGUAUAUGUACAGUUAUUUAUUAAAAAUAUUAUCGAAAUAUAUAACAUUUAUUUUCCUAUCAA